GGGAGAGGGAGAGGGCUAAAAACUCUGCCACAUACGGUGCUAAAAAUAGACAGAUGAUAAUACUAAAAUUUUAAGAUCCCAUUUGGUGAUUUUCUCUGUUCAGAUCUCUAAAGCAUCAUAUUUGGAAAAUAAAUUCCAGGUGAAAUCAUAAGCAUGGAUCUUCCUACAAAUGAUGUGGAGCUUGUGCGAGAAGAUGAGAAAGAGAGAGGACUCACAUUUCAUUGUGAGCUCUAUGACACAGAAAUAGUUCGCAAGAUAGCUCAAGCUUUUCUCCCUGGAUUAUCCUCGGCUUGUGUUGAUAACACAACUGGGGAUAUGUUUAGGAACCCUGGUUCUGUGGCUGCUGAUAUUAGGAAAGAAAUGGUUGAUUAUCUGACCCAGAGAAGUGAAAGUUUUGUUGCGGAAUCAGUUGUACUAGAAGGUGAUCUAGAUGGGGAGGUGUCCGACCAUCCAUAUGAUAUUAUUUCUAACAUGGUUGAUGACUUUGCUAGUUUGAAAAGGAAUUUGUUUAGUCGGGUUUCAGGAUGGUUACUGAGUGAAAAGAGAGAAGAUAAAAUAGAUGAUUUCGUGCAAGAGAUGGAAAUAAAUGGGUUUUGGUUGCUGGACAGGAGAGAAGCAGUUGCACAGAUUUUGGUUAAGAAUGUUGACUUCAAGAACAUUUUUCAUUGUGACAAGAAGUUCAACACUGCUGAAGAGCUUGUUGAGCAUGUCGUCAACUGUGGAUUUAGGACCAUGAACUGCACAAAUGAGGGUUGCUCAACAGUAUUUUGUGCAAGCCAUUUGGAGAAGCAUGAUUCAGCUUGUCCAUUCAAAAUAAUCCCAUGUGAGCAGCAGUGCUCAGAAAACAUCAUGAGACGUGAAAUGGAUCGGCACUGCAUAACUGUCUGUCCUAUGAAGAUUGUGAGCUGUCCUUUCUAUGCAGUGGGUUGUCAGUCCACUAUGCCUCAUUCUAUAAUUCAGCAACAUCGUUCCGACAAUCUCCAUUCACACUUGCUAUAUACUCUUAAAAGUAUUCACAAGGGAGGAUCAGAGGAGGAUCUGAAAAAACGUGUUGACCAAAUAGUGGAGUCAUCCCCUGGUCGACUAGCAGAUGCUAGGGAUGCGAGAUCUCUAAUCCUCAAAGUCAAGGAUGUUGAAGCAAAGCUUGGGCCUUUGGAAGUUAAAGCUGCUGAAAAGGUUAGUGAAGAACCCAACAAGGCUGGAGAGAACAGUAGUGAAGAACCCAUUGAAGCUUUCAACAAGGGUGGUGAUGAAUCGACCGAGGUAGACAAAAUUGGCAGUGAAAAGUCCAAUGAGACCAUAAAUAAGGUUGGUGAAGAACUGUCGAGCAUUCAAAUUUAAGGGCGUGCAUGAAAGGAAGCUGGGAUGCAAGUUGACACCUAAUACACUUCUGCCAUGCUGAAAAAUUGUUUUUGCAUUCAUUAAAUCCCAAGCACUGUGGAACCAUCCUAGUUCUGUUGAACAUCAAAAGCUGAUUCACAGGAAAUCGUGCUCCUCAUUGCCGCUUGCUUCGUCCGCUUUGCACAUCAUUAUUAUAGGUAAAAAAAAAAUCUGCUUAUCAUUCUUUAGCAGUUCACUCUGGCUGAUUUCCAGAGGCAAAACAAUUUUCUGUGAUUUAAUCCUCACGAAGAAUCAUUAAUGUAUGAUGGUUCUCUCC